CGCGACUUCAAUUGUUGAAUAAAUCCCGGAGGGCAGUUAAAAUUUGAACGAGAUGGAGGGGUAGUCAAAGAGGCGACGCUUUUUGAAGGAUGGGAGGAGGACAUAGAGCCAGGGUUCAGUUUGGUCGAUGGGUUGGAACGUUGCAUGAAUGAAUGGAGGAGGACUUCAUCAGCAGGGGCACGCAUUAUGGUUUCUGUCCCCAGAGUCGAUACAUCUGCUUGGCCGUAAUUGUUGGGUGGGCAGAGGGGUGCGAUUCGUGUUGGGACUUCAGGAGUACGGAUGCAACAAGCGAGAAACCAUCGCAACCACCAAGGCAGCUGGACGUUGGUAGCUUCUUCCUGGGCAGAAAUGUUUGCCUCUUAUGGCGUAGUCACGAAAAGAUCGUUGCAUGGAAACAAGAGUAAAAAGUCAAAAAGUCGCGAGUUGGAUAGGUAAUUUAGCCAGACUUGACC